AUGAAUCUAACAGAGAAGUGCUGCGCCUUCGAGUCUCCCAUCCUGGACCAGGUGUUGCCUCCAAUUCUGAUCCUGGAGUUCAUGUUUGGACUGAUGGGGAACUUUGUGGCCCUGUGGAUGUUCAUCUUUCACAUAGACACAUGGAGACCCAACUCGGUGUACCUGACUCACCUGGCUGUUGCCGACUCCAUUGUGCUGUUCUGCCUACCCUUCAGAGCAGACUACUACCGGCGUGGAAAAAACUGGCUGUACGGCGAUGCCCUGUGUCGUAUCCUGCUCUUCCUGCUGGCAGCCAACCGUGCGGCCGGGAUCUUCUUCCUCACUGCCGUAGCUGUCGAUCGUUACUUCAAGAUCGUCCACCCAAUGAACCGGAUCAACAGAAUGGGCCUGGGCUACGCGCUCUGGGUCUCCCUCGGCCUCUGGGGCCUGAUCUUUCUUGCUACCGGAUACCUUCUUGCUGAUAAGCACUUCUUCUACAAUGACAACCGUACACAGUGUGAGAGUUUCAACAUCUGCAUGGGCUUCAGCCCCCUCUCCACCUGGCACAACGCUUUCUAUGUCAUCCAGUUUUUCCUGCCCACUGUAAUUGUCGCCUUCUGCACAAUUCGAAUCACUUGGCAGCUGAAAAGUCGGACUGUGGACAAAAAGGGGAAAAUCAAACGGGCCGUUCAGUUCGUGUUGGCUGUGGCUUUGAUCUUUAUUACCUGUUUCUUUCCCAGCACCAUCUCACGUAUCGCUGUCUGGAUCCUAAAGGUGUGGUAUGACGAGUGCAAAUACUUUGAAGAGGCCAACCUGGCAUUCUACACGACGGUGUGUUUCACUUACUUCAACAGUGUCCUCAACCCUCUGGUCUAUUAUUUCUCCAGUCCUGCCUUUAGUGGCACCUUCAAGAAGAUUCUGAAUAAACUGCUGAGAAGGGGCGACGACCAAGAUCCGCCAGAUUCAACUGAGAAUGACAUUUCCACCACUGAUGGCAGAGGGGUAUAA